AAGUACCAGUACCAUGUUGUUAUGGUAUUCAACAUAAAUUAAUAAAAAAGGCUGGAUUUUUUUUUGAACCUAGUUUGGAUGUACCAAAUAAUGAAAAGAUCAAUGUUGCAACAAAUAAAUCGAAUACGAUAAAUGUCCUACCUGUUUUAAAGGCUGUAUUAAAAAAAAAAUAUGGACCGAAUUCCGGCGAGGUUGCCUGUUUGAAUGAGUUUAUCAUGGAUUUGGGAAAAACAUCUGAGAUUGUGGAGACCAAUGAUAUGCCGCGUAUAGAAGUCCCAGAAGAUAGUAUCUAUAAAGAAGGUCAUGUAGAAAUUAUUGCAUCUCGUCUCUUACAACUGGGCAUAAAGAAAAUUGAACGAGCUGAAAAUUCGUUUUUAACGUAUUCUGCCCAUAGAUUUUCCGGGUUAACGACAAAUUCUAGUUCGCAGGAUGUCCCGUGUGAUAAUGAUCGGGAUUGUGAGCGACUAAACAAGCAGAUAAUUAAUUCUUGUGACGACGCAAGAAAAAUUUGUUAUUCAAUGUAUGGCACAUACAACCAGGUUACUAACGUAUUGAAUCAAGUAGUCAGUGUUUUAUGCGCGUGUAUUUUUGCGGGACCCGUUAAACUUUGCGCUCUUAAAAGCUUUCCGUACACUUGUGUUUUCCCUUAUCAAGUUUUAUCCACGUUUUCAACGGGUUCUGGUUCAGUAUGGGAAGCUAUCAAAACGUUGUCGUCAUUGUGUCGAUUUCAUACUGACCCCCGUAUAACUCCAAAACUAGAGUAAUUGAAUUUUAAAGAUAAAUAAUUUCAACAGUGAUAUCAUCAACUACAUUUCCUUCUUCUAUCCAUCUAAUGUUAAUGAAAAACAAAAUUUUUGGUAAUGAACCAAAUAAAAUUUACUUAUGAAAUCGCCUACCUCUCCCAUGCCUCUCG